CCACCUCCCGGCCGCCCGCAGCCCUCUCUUCUCCCAGACGCUGAUGUGUUACUAACGUCAGCCUUCUUCAGGUUCUGCUAAAAUGUUUGCUUUCGGAUCAAAACUCCUGCUCCUUUUCCUGCUGGCCUUCCCCUGCGGGCUGAUGUCUGUCGGCCAAGUCGGUGCACAAUCAGACUCUGCAGAGGACACCUCCGAGGACGCGGAUGCAGCAGUAGACGAGGAGGAAGACGACGAGAUGCUUGUUGACGAAGAUCAUGUACAAAGCCGGGACGGAGGGGAAGACGACUCAGACGAAGCGGCUGAAAAACUUGUGACUUCACACCCCGACGCCGACACUACCAUCAUCUUCACGACAGGCGAAGAGUUUCCAGCCAAUGAAAUUGUGAGGUUCCUUGUGGGUUUCACCAAUAAAGGAGGUCAGACUUUCACGGUCCAGUCCCUGGAGGCUUCUUUCCGCUAUCCCCAAGAUUUCCAGUUCUACAUUCAGAAUUUCACAGCGCUGCCCCUGAACACUGUAGUCCAGCCCCAGGCUCAGGCCUCCUUCGACUACUCCUUCAUCCCGGCUCAGCCCAUGGCCGGCCGGCCGUUCGGUCUGGUCAUCCUCCUUAACUAUCUGGAUUCAGAGGGAAACGUGUUCCAGUCGGCUAUUUACAACCAGACCGUCACCAUAACGGAGCGAGAGGAGGGACUUGAUGGAGAAACGAUGUUCAUGUACGUGUUCCUGGGUGGACUGGUGGUCCUGCUACUCUUUGGGAUGUAUCAGGUCCUGGAGACCAGGACGAGGAAAAGGCUUCCUGUUAAAAUAGAGAAGGGUACCGCUGGAAUAAACGAUGUGGACAUCAGCUGGAUUCCUCAGGAGACUCUUAACGCCAUGAAACCUUCGCCAAAAACAUCUCCACGGAAACGGACCAAAAGGGCCGCCGGGGCUGACCAGUGAGCCUCACUCAUCAUACCGGCCCUCUUUGCGACUAAAUCCACGUUCCCGCUCGCUAAGGAUCGACAGUUUGAGGCUUUCAGGCCGGCUCUCAUUAGAGCGAAGCCAUUUAAACACUAACAGAAGAUUUAACUAAGUUUUAAAGCUGCGAUUCUUUUUAUUCCUUUUUUUUUUAAAGUAGUGAAAUUUGUAGGAGCUGUGGUACAAACUGCCUUAUGGAUGCUGUGAAGCCAAAACCGUAUUAGAGUCCAAAGUCAACUUAACAUGGAGGUUUGUUACCUGCUUUAUCAGGAUAAAAUAAAUUGUCUGACUUAAGACCAGAAGUAUUGAACGCUUGAUCGAUUUAUUUUAUCCUUUCUGUAAAUCCAACACCUCAGUGCCUUAUUUACACGCCAACUUUGGUGCCCUGCAAGAAGCUUAUGGUAAAGAAAAUGAUGUCCAUGUUUUUAAUACUGUGACCCGAGGCCUGUUUGUAAAACAUUUAUUUUUUAUCUUUAAGAGAGUAAAAGUGGCAGCUGUUUGUCCUAUCAAUGCUAUAAAAAUCUUCUCCCAACAUUUCUACAGCGUUGUUCACCUAUUUUCGUUUUCUCCUCCUCCGAGACGGAGGCUUCUUUAGCAUUUCAGCCUCCUCAUCCGCCGUCAUGGUUGAAGUCUCUCAGGUUCUUUGCCAUCAUUUUUAUAAAACCACCCUAUGAAAAAGCAAUAAAACGAUAAAGAAGGGGUA